UCGAAUGGCGCAGCAUUGCUUGAUUCAUACGCAGUCAGUAAGUAGUCCGCAAAAUCUAACGUAAUAUAAAAUAACGAAGACGGUCACUUGGCUCUCUGAAUUUUCCGAAACGCAGAUUUUGACCAGAGGGUUGUCGACGUCGCUACUUUUUGGUAAAUUCUCGAUCCUAUCAAAUUGUGGAUUAAUACAGUCGCACGAACAUCUGAAGUCACGUUUGAUGUUUUCACAUUGCCUCCGCCAUCUGAGGAACUGUUUUAUUAAGUGCCGAGCGGUUCGAAGAUUGUGAUAGUUUGCGUCGUUUUGCUGUAGAUUUGUGUUGUGUUGCUGUUAUUUUUUUAUUUACUAAAAAUCAAUUAAAAUGGCCGAUCAACUUACAGAAGAACAAAUAGCAGAAUUCAAAGAGGCCUUCUCAUUGUUUGAUAAGGAUGGUGAUGGAACAAUCACAACUAAAGAAUUGGGGACUGUCAUGAGGUCUCUUGGACAAAACCCUACUGAAGCAGAAUUGCAAGACAUGAUCAAUGAAGUUGACGCUGAUGGUAACGGCACAAUAGACUUUCCUGAGUUCCUUACUAUGAUGGCACGGAAGAUGAAGGAUACAGACAGUGAGGAGGAAAUUAGGGAAGCUUUCCGUGUCUUUGACAAGGAUGGAAAUGGUUUUAUUAGCGCUGCUGAACUUCGCCAUGUCAUGACGAAUCUGGGUGAGAAGCUGACAGAUGAGGAGGUAGAUGAAAUGAUCAGGGAAGCUGAUAUUGAUGGUGAUGGCCAAGUUAACUAUGAAGAGUUCGUUACAAUGAUGACAUCAAAGUAAUCUACAGUUCUGGGGUACAGUAUGAGCAGGUGUGCACUGUCUACAACAGCAAGUACAGUGACUGUGUUAAAAGCUUUAAGAAGUUCAGAUUCUUUUUACUUCUUUCUAUUUUAAUGUUCAUGUACAAAAACUAGCAAGUAACACUCCUCUAUCAGUCAUCUGGUGUUACCACUUGUAAAAACAAUUUUGUACCAUGUUCAAGCCUGCAAGAUGCACUCUGGAUGGUGUGGAUGGCUGAUUCUAUUGUCUGAAAUUUUUUUUUUUUUUUCUUGGUCUCUUCUGUAAUUUUUAAAGAGAACUGUGUUUCAUUUGCCUCUUAUUGUUUGUAAAGUUUUAAUUAUACACAUUCCAUCAGUCUGAGUUCAUGUGCUCUUUUAAUUUGUAAUGUUUUUCUUUUUAAAUUUUUGAGGUUAACCAGUGGAAUCUUGCAGAACUUAUUGCUUGCUACGUGCAAUUGUAAGGUUAUUCCUCACAUGCACGUUAAAAACAUUUUUCAAUAAAAAAAAUUCUUAAGAGACUAAA